GUCAGAAUCUGAAUUGAAACGCUCCCUUGCUCUCCCCUUCCGCCAGUGAAGAUGGUGGUCCUUGAAGACAAUAAGCUCCUCUGAUGCAUGAAAAGUUGCUGCUGGUUGAUUAAAAUCUAAAGGUUGCAAAAAGCCGGAAGGUUCAGAAGAAGGUACACACUGGCAUCGAUAAACAUAACAAAUUAUUGUCACGCAGGUAAGCAGGUUUGAAGGUUGCAUUUUAUCCCUGACCAUCCCCUGACACUCCCUGCACAAACCCUCUUUGCACAUUCCUCCUGUCAUGGUGUUUGCUGAUUGAUUGACGGCUCUUUGGCUGCAGGAGCUUUAAAUAGGAGGCGAGAGACGUGGUACUCCUCACUCUCCUCUCUUUGCUGCCUCCAGCCACUGCAAAAAGACAACAUCCAUCAUGUCCUUUUCCAUGCGCUCCACUUCCGCCUCCUUGAGAACCUCCGUGGGGGGCAUGGGUGGUGGAGGCCGGAUUUCAUCCAGGAGGGCCGGAAGUGUGUUCGGAGGAGCUGGAGGAUCUGAUGUCCGCAUCUCCUCCGCCAGCGGCAGUGGAGGCGGCUACUCCUCUUCCUUCAGCUACAACAUGUCCGGAGGUAACGACAGCCUGAUCGGUAACGAGAAGUUCACCAUGCAGAAUCUGAAUGACCGUCUGGCCACCUACCUGGCCAAGGUGGCGACGCUGGAGAAGUCCAACGCUGAGCUGGAGCUGAAGAUCAGGCAGUUUGUGGAGAGCAAGGUCGGCCCCUCCACCAGGGACUACAGCAGCUUCUAUGCCACCAUCGCUGACCUCACUGUCAAGAUUCAGGGAGCCAUCAAGGUGAACGGAGCUGUCCACCUCAGCAUUGACAACGCCCGCCUGGCUGCUGACGACUUCAGGACUAAGUAUGAGACCGAGAUGGCGAUGCGUCUGUCGGUGGAGUCCGACAUCGCAGGGUUAAAGAGGGUCCUGGAUGAUCUGAACAUGGCAAAGACGGACCUGACGAUGCAGAUUGAGGGCCUGAAGGAGGAGCUGAUCUAUCUCAAGAAGAACCAUGAGGAGGAGAUGUUAGCAAUGAGGACUCAGAUGAGUGGCCAGGUGAGCGUGGAGGUGGAUGCCGGUCCAGCCGUCGACCUCAACAAGAUCCUCGCUGAUAUCAGAGAACAAUACGAAGGUGUCGCUGCCAAGAACCAGAGAGAGCUUGAGAACUGGUUCAAGGCCAAGUCGGAAACUCUCAGCAAAGAGGUUAUCACUCAAACAACCACCCUGCAGACUUCAAGGUCAGAGGUCACAGAGGUGAAGCGCACGCUGCAGAAUCUGCAGAUCGAGCUGCAAACGCUGCUCGGCCUGAAAGCCUCUCUGGAGCAAACACUCGCUGAGACUCAAAACCGUUACGGCAUGCAGCUCUCCGGGUACCAGGCUCAGGUGUCGAUGCUAGAGGAACAGCUGGUGCAGAUGAGAGCAGACAUGGAGCGCCAGGGUCAGGAAUACCAGAUGCUGCUGGACAUCAAGACCAAACUGGAGCUGGAGAUUGCAGAGUACAGGAGGCUGCUGGAUGGAGAAUCGUCCAGCAGCAUCUCCGCCUCCAGCUCCUCCACCACUUCAACUACCAAGCGGACGGUGAUGGUGGUGGAGACGGUAGUUGAUGGGAAGGUCGUGUCCUCUUCCCAGUCGUCCUCCUCCUCGGUCCUGAAACUCUGAGGUACCGCAGAGGGCAACAGUUAAAUCAUCAUCAUCAUCAUCAUCAUCAAUGCUGAUCAGAGAUUCUGAUGUUUGAUCAAUAAAAUGAGAGUCCAGAUAAA